UACGAGUACUACUACACUUAUACCUGUUCGAAAUUUGGCCGAAACUGCAAAGGUUUGUGCAUCCUAAUAUUACAGACCACAUUUCCUUUACCCUUUCCCCCUUCAAUGUUACAUUCUCGUGAAAAAAAAAACAAAAAACAAAAAACAAGAAAACAAAACAAAACAAAGACUAACAGAAAAAACACAGACUUUUCUAUGUGUAAUGGUUGGCUUCUAGAUGAGAUUGGGUUCUCAGUGUAGUAAAAUAUACAGGCUUUCCAGAUUCGCUUUGUAAUAUAGGACGUAGAGAGUAAAUUUCAGUUUUGAAGAGAAUCCCUUCAUCUUAAACUGUUCGCGAAAUAUUUGUGACUAGCGAUUUCGAAACCUUUUUAAUUUAGUGAGAAUUUUGCGUGAUGCAACUUAAAAUAGUAAUACCCGUUCCAAUAAAUGUAUGUAACGUGCUCUCUCUUUCACUCUCUUUCUACUCUGUUUUAAUGAACCCCUACCCCCCCCCCCCCCCCCCCCCCCCCCCUUCAUUUAACCACCACACCCACAAAACACCAACAUAAUAUUAAAAAAUAAAAACAAUAUAAAAAAAUUUUUUUUUUUUUUUUUUUUUUUUUUUUUUUACCUAAAGAGAUGUGUUUUUUAUUUUGUGUGGUUGGGUGGGGGACAUAAAAAUUGUAAUUUCAUAAUGGUGUUGCCAAAUAUUUUUGACUAGCGAUUUCGAAAACUUUUUAAAUUAAGUAGAAAUUUUCGUUAAUCAAAUUAAAAAAUUAAUACCCCUUUCCAUAAAUGUAUGUAACCGGCCCUCUCUUUCCCCCUCUUUCUACUCUUUUUUAAUGAACCCCCACCCCCCCCCCCCCCCCCCCCAUGAAUAUGAUAGGCACUACAUGCGUAAAAGCUAUGAAUAAUUUAUAAUACAUGCAUGUGAAUAGAUGAGUUACUUUUUUAUUUUACAGUUCCUUGUACCUACAGAGAUGACUGUAGCUUUGGAAGCUGGGGUAGUUGGGAAGGAAAUAUCAAGGUUAAUAAUCCUGGAUGUUAUAAACAGACCAGAAGCAAACCGUACAACCACCCACUUCAAACUGUGAUGAGGCGUCACGGCUGCGGGGGACUCAACACUAACUGCGCGGCUCCGCCGGUUCAAAGCAGAAUGCAGUGUAAGUAUAAGUGUCCCUUUUUGCUAUAAUAAGGUACACAAGUUCUUUGAAAUCAAGGGGGGUGAAAUGAAAAAAGGUAGUGUAAGUAUUUGUCCCUUCGUUGCUGUAAUAAGGUACACUUUCGACUUCGCCAAGAGACUACCCUACGAGCAGAGGUAUCUCUCAUGCAUGACUUUUAGCGUUUACGAAGACGUUCGCGUCACUUGUCAGGAUAAAACUAGAAGAAUAAGAAGAAUAAAACUAGAAGAGCUCUCGCAAAAUUGUGCGCGGAGGGAUUAUGAUCAAAAAGGUCGCAUACAAUCUAAAGCAAUUUUGCUUUCGCGUUUUAUUGGAUCUGGUCCUUGUAAAAACCGUAACCCUGUCACUCCAUUAAAAGGGAACUCUGGAUUCUGGAAUCCCCGAACGUUUUUCUUGUGGAAUACGAAAUCUGGGAAAUUUUCCUUGUGGAAUCCAAAAUACUGGGCUUUGGAAUCCGGAAUACAAGUCAAGGCCAAUCCGGAAUCCCACUAAAUAUUAGAAUCCGGGAUCUAAGUUCCACUGACAAAGACCGGAAUCCGGAAGUACCGUCAAUCCGGAAUCCACGGCGUGGAAUCCAGAAUCUAAGUUUGUCUUGGAUCCCUUACAUGGGGGUAUGCCCUGGAACGUUAUCAUUUUCAAAAACUUUGAAACAAUAUUACUUUAUAUUUCAUUAGGUGUUUGUAAAAUAGCCAACUGUCAGCAGGGAACCUGGAAACAAUGGUCAGGGGUCAUAAAGGAGGGUACCUGUGGUACACAGACCAGAAUAAGACCACAGAUUCUGACAUGGACUACAAUUCAGAAAACAGGCUCUUGUUCGGGAGUGCAGACAUCUUGUCCUGAACCUGAAAAGGAGAGUCGGAAGAUGUGUAAGUAUUUCUUACGUGAUAGAACAAUAGGACAGUUUCAUCCAUGCAACCAUUUCACUUGUAGAGAAACUGCCAACUUGAAUCUAAUGUUUGCCGUAAACUUUUUGAUUCUAAAUCUCUCCAAUGGCGUACAGCUGUCUAUUUUUACACUGCUUCAAUCCUGAGUAAUAAUGAUAUUAACAAAAAUGAAAAAUAUUUGUUCCCUGUUAGUACUAAACCAAUUGGAGUGGACUUGGUCUUUUUCAGGUAGUUGUUCCAAAGCAGAGUGUUCAUUGGGAGAUUGGAGCAAUUGGGAAGGCAAAGUCGAACAGGGGCGUUGCGGCACACAAAAGCGAAGACGGGUAUACACGAAGGAAACUGUUUACGAACAGCACGAAAAGCAGUGCCCCAGCCUUCCGCAGAAUUGUCUUGCACCUGUUGAAGAAAGCCGUGCAAUGUGUAAGGAAACAUUAAUUGGGCAGUAAUGACAGUAAUUCAUAUAAACUUUUGGACAUUAAAUCACGUGUAUGUUGUAGUUGCUUUUUUAUCUCAGGUAUUUUUAUUUUUCCUCUGUUUCAACUUCAUUAGCAUACAUUGCCAUACCCAAAAACAAAAGAAAAAAAAAAUUACCUGAGAUAAAAAAUUAACUGCAACAUGUACAUUAAGCAGGGUUUCUGGAUAUAGUCGUUUCAUUUACGAGAUGCUUACCUGACUGUCAUCCGCGUCCUAUUGCGAGGGACAUCUCCUGUCGAAUGCCGCUGAUUGCAAUGUGGACAUUAUUGUAGAGACCAAUUGAAGGGCUCCGUGUGAAGACGGCCCCUUCUCCUUUGCUCCAUUUUGGAGCGGACGUUUUCACAUUCCAAUUAUACCAUCAUUUAAAGAAGGGUGUCCUGAUUAAAAACCAGUUUCAGGAAUGUACUUCUGUUAGUUGACAACUAAUUAAGAUUACUUUAUUUAAAAACUACGUAGAGCCGAACUAACUUUUGACCGUGAUCUAACAAAGUAGGAGGUUAAUACGGAAGUGGUAACUUCUCAGCUUCUAACGUAAAAAAUCACUUGAUGCGGGAGAAACUUGACACAGACGCACAGCAGUCGAUUUAGAAAUUGAUCGAGUUGAUGAAUGUGACUCAAGCCUUCUGUCUUGCUAUACAUGUAGGUAGCUGUAAAUAUGCCACAUGUUCGCUUGAUGAUUGGUCCCAGUGGGAACCUCAAGAACUGGAACAUGGUAAAUGUGGUCAGCAGCAGACCCGUAGGAAAACAUAUUCGCUGACUUGGGCUUAUCAGUCGCAUGUGGAACAGUGCCCCUCCCUGCCGCAGACAUGUCCUGAUGACAUCGUUGAAAACAGAACGCAAUGUAAGCGGAUAAUCAACCACUCUUUUCCUCUAAUUAUUAAACAAAACCCACUUAAUUUUAGUGUAUUUAGCAGGAAAAAAAAACUAAUUGUGGACAUCAUUUCUACGGCAUCUCCUACUAAAGACGUACGGAACCACUGUUUUACGUGGUCAUCUGAGCCUCGCGAAGUCCAGCCGUAUGCCGGGCAUAAGCAGUACCUUCAUUUUGCACUUAUUUGUUGAGACCCCCCCAACCCCCCCCGGAAUUGAUCGUCCCCGACCAGGCCCCCCUUUCUACCGCCAAGAGCUUCCGACUAAGCUAGCCCCAACGUCUUUUCUUUUUUACAGAAACUCUUCGAUAUCAGGAGAGUUCUCUCUUGUCGAUAUCCAUUACUUUUUUGUUAAACGGCUUCUAAAUAGUAAUGUAGAAAUGAGCUUGAAGAACGUGGUAAACACUUCAGUUGAUCUGAGCAAAGUUCUACAAUAAAUUGACAAUAAUCUGUAAUUAUUUGUUCGUUUAGGAGGUAUAUUUUUUUAAAAGGGUAUACGAGAAUUCUUAAAUUAUUAAUAGCUGUUUUGUCACGGUUUGGACAGGUUGAGUUGGAUAAGACAAUAUAUGAAUGAUGCUUUAUCAAGACCUUCGAUGGAGAAAGCGACUGUCUUAGACUAUCUAAAUUACAUCAUUCAUUUUUUAUUUUUCAACAAGAAACGUGUUAAUUGAAAAAUUUAGAAUCAGACUGAGUCGAUGCUAAUGACAAUAUUAAUACUAAUGCACAUUUAUUAUAUUUAUUGGGCCAAUUUUCGAGUUCUAAAAACCCUCACUUUCGAAACGAGGCUAAGUGCAAAAUCUUCCUUGUGACAAUGAGUUCAUUUGUAUGAGAAUAAAAAAUCGUUUUCAUAUCAAUAGCUUCGCACUUAUCCGAGAGGCUUGGGACAACUCGGAAAUGGCCUAUGGGUAUUAAGUCUGGUUUUUAAUACAAUUUUUUUUUUUUUGCAUAAAAGGCAAAUGCGUUUAUAGAGACUCCUGUGACGUAAGGGCAUGGAGCGAAUGGGAUAAACCACUGACCGAAGAAGGCUGCCAAGUGCAGACACGAACCAGAAGCUACGUUUAUCCCCUUAAACACUCUGUGCAGAAGAACUGCAGUGGCUUGCUAACAUCUUGUAUAACAGAACCAAAGGAAAGCAGGAACUAUUGUAAGUACUUUUAUAAAAUAACUACGAUAGUACGCGCGCUCUGAUUGGUCGAGAGGCGUGUUUGUAUGAGAGUAUGUAAACAUGGUUGUGAGGUCAAGAUGUUUUGCUUUUCGCACGCAAAUCACGCAAGCACGAAUUUGAAAAAGGUUUCGAGUUGAAAAACUCGACAAGUUUACUUUAUUUACCAAUUUCCUCGUCGGUUGAAACUUCAAAAAUCUUUAGAAACAUGCUGUGUCAAUUUUUUUUCGCUUGAGCUGAAAACCCGUAUUUUGGAAAGCAUCUUUUUUGCAAAACAAAGACUGAUUACGCGUACAAGGUUAGUGUACAAGACUUCGCGACUGGUAAGAAUUUCUCUUUUAAUCAUUGCUCUAAACAAGAGAGUUUUGCUUUUUUCUCGGGAAAGUUAUUUUAUGAAAGCAAAAGAAAACUUUUUUUCUUGUGUUUGCAUAUCCUGAUAUAAACGCUCGAGGGGUUGGGAGAAUUCUCGACAGCUAGGCAAACCCUCGACUUCGUCUCGGGUUUGCAUGACUGCCUCGAAUUCUCCCAACCCCUCUCGUGUUUAUAUCAGGCUAUGCAAACACGGAAAACGUUUUCUAUUGCUUAAAAAGAACCUAGUAAUUAAGAACCCGUGUACUUAAACGUUGGCACAAAAAGGGCAUCUAUACAGCAGUUCUGCAUCAGCUGAAAUCAAGUAUACAAGAUAUGUGAACAAACUUCUUCAACGAAGACAAGGAAAAGCUUUGUCAACGUAUCCAGUUAAACAAUUUAAUAAGUAAUUGCUUCCCCUCUAUUGAUUCGCUUGAAAACUUUCCCUCGGGCCCCAGUUUUUAAAAAAUUAGAUAGCGCUCUCCACAAAAUAAAUCACUAUCCAGUGGACAAGUAUUAGGAAAACCAAUCAGUUGAGUCACCCACUGAAAAGAGAGAGAUUUAUGCAGAGGAUAGCGUUAUCCACCUUCAAGGAAAUUGAGGCUUUUCCCUAUGGAUCUCCUACCUGGCAGAUUUAUCAGUGAAUGUCCACCAAUUUAAAACGGAGCCCAUCCCUGUCGUUAGCACAGCUUAAUUUUUGCUCAUAAUUCUUAACCCCACUUUACUUUUUUUAUUUCAUUGUUGCUUCUGUAACUAAGAAAAUGCAAUUUUUUAAUACAAGGUAAGUGCAAACACGUAGCGUGUACACUGGCUGAAUGGUCCGAUUGGAACAGUGCCGUCCUGACCGUAGGGCAGUGUGGGAAGGAGAAAAGAAUCAGACAUUAUGUUGCUGAGGAAAAGUUCACUUUUGCCGAAAAUUGCGACGGACUUACGACGUCAUGUCCCGCCAGUCAAGAGGAAUCAAGAACGAUGUGUAUGUUUAAGCUGUUUUUAAGUUGUCUCUUAAUUCUGCCAGUUUGUUUUAAAAUUUAUUGGUUAUAGAAAUUCUAUGAGAAGCCCAUUAUUCUUUAGCCUUCGGGCCGUUGUAGAGGAUUUUAUAGAUAACCUGUGCGCCUAAAAAUGGCCAAGAAAAAUCUGGGCGAGACUUUUGUUUUUGUGAAAAAACGGAAUGUCUUUAUUCGCAGUACACUUUCUGGGGUCAUGGAAUACUGUUUAUUUGAGAACAAAUCUUAAUUAAUGAAUAAAAACGACAAAUUACUUUGAAGAUAAUUAAGGAAUACGGGAAGGAUAUCAUUUUGAGCUAAAACAUUGAAGGCUAACUUCAAGUUAUGUGACUGUUUUUGUUUUCUUUUCUGUGCGCAGGCAAAUGCCCGUAUGUCACGUGUGACAUUAGUGACUGGAACCCAUGGCAAGGAGCACUACCCGCUGAUAGCUGUGCACAGCAAAUAAGAACAAAAAACGUUACGGAGAAACAACACGAAAAGAUUCAAGCUGCAAACUGCGACGGCUUGCAAACAAACUGUCCUUCCAUUCCUCAGGAAACAAGACAGUGGUGUAAGCUUAACUUAAUAUUCACGAAGUUAAUGCUGAAAUCAGUGUUAUUAUAGAAGCAGUAAACUGUUAUUACAGUUUUAAUCGCUGGAACGUGUGAUGAAUGUAUUCGUAUCGAUUUUCCACCGUCUUGAAACACGUUACAAGAAAUUAAGAGAAGCAUUUGCUGAAAUACAUCGGCUUGGGGUGUUUAUUUUCUUAAAGAGAAGUGAUUAAAGGAGCUGUGUUAUGAAGUUCUUCAAAAUCCGAACAAUGGAAACCGCCACCAUAUUAAGUGAAACAUAAAAAUACCAGCUCAAAACAGUAAAUGAAAGUAUAAAAUAACGCAGUAAAUAUAAAAGGAGGAACGGACGGACAUGAAGCAGUGAUUUUUUCAUUUGCGAGUAAUUUCUUUGCUGAUGCUAAGUUCUAUUGAGAAUAAGGCUGACGCGUUUUUGGCAAUAUUAAAAAACUGAACUAGACAGUUGUGACACAGCCCCUUUAAGUUCGCGUAAAGGAGAUACGGCUCUAGCGCUCUAAGAUUUCUGGAUUUCUGUGCUAUCAAAAAUGUAGAAUUUUGCUGAAGCCGAUUUUGCCUACAGUGUGUAUGGAUUUUAAUAGUUUCAAUAUUUACCAAGUUUAUUUCCAAGUUUUCUCGCAAACGGCGAUGUAUCUAAGACGAAGGGCUGGAUGAAAAAUUCAUUCGGACCACUUAACUCGAAACGAAUAAGUGUAUCCAUCAAGUAAUGAUUAUUGAUGUCACAGGAAUUUUUAAUUUUUAGGUAACUGUUCCUUUAGAGAAGACUGUUUGUUAAAUGACUGGAGCGACUGGACUGGAAAAAUUCCAAACGGAGGAUGCGCAGUGCAGAUUCGAACACGUGACUACAACAAAUCCAUUGAAUACUUUGAACGAGAAACAUGUGACGGACUGGACUCUUGCCCUGUUAUAAGAGAGGAGACUCGAACUAAAUGUAAGUAAAGGAGAUAGUGGUGCCUGUUUGGUUCACAUCCCAUGCGGUCCCUAACCGUGCCCAGACCCUUAGCAGACAACACAACAGUGACGGUUAGAUACAUAGGUCUGUCUUUAUCUGAAAUAGAGAAUAAGGGUUCCAGGAAACAUUCCUCACCCCCUCCCCCUCAAACAAUUCCCUAGAGUACCGUCCCAGGCCCAGUCGUGUUUUAAGUUUGGUUCUUAAUUGAGGUACAUUAACCUCGACCAUGCGCAAAUUUACUGAAUAAAAGCUAAUGUUACAGCGCUGUUUAGUUUUUGAUAUUUAUAAAAUGAUCUGAGCCAAAUUAACAAAGUUAAGGGUGUUAUAAAAAAAGUUCCCAGCAAAUGCCGCAAGAGUUAAUAUUUCGCGUUCCCAUGAUUAGUUAUCGGAAUAAAAGCGUGUUGUAUCGAAUUACAAUUCAAAGUGGACAGACUGCAAAUUAUAGUAGUUGCUAAAAAAUAUAUAUCUACGUGUGGCAACUGUUCAUCAGUAGGAUGCCUAAAAUGCGUGCAAUUGCACAAUCGGUUUCGGCUUCAUUAAAUCCUAUACCAAUUGGAGAACAUUUUAGGAGGAGCCGCAUGCAAUUACUAACAAUACAAACUUUUCAAUCAUAUAAAUAAUUGAUGAUGAUAAUUUGUAAUGCACAGGCAACUGUAACGAGGUCAUCUGCUCCUGGGGAAACUGGACACGGACCAACUACAACCCUGAAACUAACUGUUAUCAAGAAAUAAGAGUCAAAAAUGAGUCGAGUGGCUUUAAAGUAGUCGAGCAGUCAGAAAACUGCGAUGGUAUAUCAAUCCAGUGUAGUAACCCCGAGAUUGAGAAAAGAGAGGAUUGUAAGUGAACCAUUUUGUUUUAAAAAGAAGUAAGAAAUUAUCCUAGCAAUAUGAGUUAAAUUAAACUCAAUGUAUUUUUAGUUUUAAGCAAAAAGUGUUCUUAAAACAAAACAAAAAAAUUUCAUUGAAAAACCGAUCGAUAUGGUCAUGGCUACCAUGGGUACCUAAAGUUGACCUGAAUCGUAAAAUAAAUUCGAAAAUAAGAUAUUGCGAAUCAAUAAAGUUUUGCAAAUCAUUUCUCAAGGCUUCUCAAUUCACAUCUGAAAAUGGCAUCAACGAUUUAUCAAAAUUAAAUUAAUAACCAUGCACUAUGCAUUCGCUUUUCGAUUUUGAGCUGAGCCGUUAGGGUAAAUUGGAUUAUUGUUUCAGAUAGACAAAUUUACGUUACCUCUUUCCUGACGAAGCAUUUUUCUCGUCGUAUCAGCAAUCCUAACUAUAGUGUUUUAAUAAUAAUGAGGCCAUCUUUGAAGCAGGAAACAAAUACAACGCGAAUUGUCAUCACCUGGCGUAAAAUCCAAGAUUAAGAUUGUUUUUCAUGCUUCCUUCCUUGCGUCCAUAAACAACCGGACGGCAAAUAAGCAUCAUGAUCAAAGAAGAGGUGUCACCUGUUAAGUUGUUUGAAAACUUUACUUAAUUUGUACUACUGUCUAUUAAUUUUCUCUUGCCAGGUAUAAGUGGUGGUGGCGGUCAUGUUAUACACACCAGUGAGGCUCCUCCAACAACUGAGCCUUUGACCACAACGGUGGCUCCGACAACGGGAUGUAAGUCUACGCUAGUGUUUUUUUUUUUCCACUUGCCACUUGCUUUGGGACAACAACUUUUAAGCGACCUACUCUCCCGUUCAUGCCAGAGUCGUAGCUCAAUCUGUAGAGCACUUAAAAAGGUUGCAGACGAGAUUUCAUACUGUAAACGAUUUUAUAGACGGCCUCGCUCAAAUAAACGCCUGCUUGUCAAGUUUGCUUUAGACGCCCCUCUCAAGUAGAUACCCCCUGUCUAAUAGACACCCCGUAAUCGUUCAAUUUAUUCAGUGUCUUGUCUGAUUGACAAGAGUUUGCGCAUCGCAUUUUGUUAAAUGUCAAGCUCAAAGCAAGGAUUCUGACAUCGAAGUGGAACUUUUUAACGAUUUGGAUCUCUAAACGGCCUGGACCUAUCAAUGGAUGGGCUGGGUAGACUGCAAUUUAUAACAUACUAUGCAUAUUCGUUUUGUGGAGUUUCAUAAGCAGGUGAAGCAUGAUCGUCAGGGUGAUCGUAGUCCUGAAUAGCACUGUUGACAGUGACUGACGUUUCGACAACUUGUGCGGUAGACAUCUUCAGAGUCAUCUUCUGACUACCGCACCAGCCUACGUCACCUACUUAUAAAAUGAUUUGUGUUCAAACCUUUCAUAGUUUUGUGGAGAUUUUUACACACAUGACAAAAACGCCUCUGACUUUUGAACAAGUCCGGAGUAUCUGUUUAACGCCCCUCUUGGGCUCUAAAAAUUAAAUCCUACACUCCGGGCGUCAAUAACUGCAAUCAGAUACGGUACCUCUUUCUGGCAGAUGUUUCGAGGAGCGACUAACUGAAUUUCUCAUUAUGCAUGAAACUUUUGAUUUGAUUUUGUUUAAUUUAAAAUCACUUUAGUUCAGCCAGCCACUUUUGUGUCACUUGGAUGCUUUGCCGAUACUCAGGAUAAGACGAAGGAUCCCCGCGCUUUGCCAAUUUUAUAUGCCAACUUCAGAAGUUCUAUUGACUGGUAUGAUCUGUCGAAGACAGUACAGGCAUGUGCAGAGGAAGCCAAGGAGAAAAGGUGACUUCUGAAAAGAACGUUUACUUAGUUAUUUCUAACCUGGGCUUGUUGGGUAGUUUCAACACAACAUAGAUGUAUUAUUUAAAGGAUUUACUAUUAGCUACGCUUAACAUUGUUGUCGUUGUAAGGUAGAAACAACCGGGUUGGUCUGUAGUUUUUAUGCCAUGGUAUAUGUCCGGGACGAUACAUUCUACGCUAGCUGGGGGUGGUCACUGCAAAAGACUAUUACGUCUCAAUGGUUAUUCCAUGUCUUUCAAGGCCACAUUGAGUGAAAGGAUUGAAACAACAACAACAACAACUAUAUUUCCACUAAACCCGGACAUCUAAAGAAUUUACAAGAGUGAAUAUAAUUAUUAUUAUUAAUAAUAACAAUGCAUAAAGUAGCUGGACACCCCAAAUAGCUAUAAAGCUAAACUAGCUGGAUCAUCAUUAUUAAUUCAAAUAAUUGAAAAUGUGCAAAGUCAGGAAAGAGGCUUAACAAAUACUUUUAUAAUACACUUAAAUAUUCAGUAUAAAAUUGGUACAAAAGUAAAUAUACAGUACAAAAAACCCCUGAAAACUCAAAUAUCUAAAUAUCAGUAAAGAUUAAUGGGGAGGGGAGGGGGAGGGGUUGAAGCUAGUGAAACGUGAAGUUAGUUCUUUUGUAAAUAGGUUGGAGGUCCUUAUUGGAUGAUGUUUCGUUUGUUACAAAAUAAACGGACACAAUACACCAAAAAUUCAAGAAACAAACUGUUAGAAUCUGCAUUAUGAAUAAAGCAACAAGUGGCAGAAAAAGCAAGAAGCAGAACCCGCAGUGAACAAAAAACAUGUCGACCAUCUUUACUGAGCGCUGACCGACUGAGAGGUCUCUAACCAUUUUUGACUACUAUUGCCGACAAAGACUCGCAGCACUUUCUCUACAGUUUUGGAGCCUUCGAUUGACCUGAAAGAACUUAAUAGAAGACAAAAACCAUUUCUAAUCAUAUAUUAGUGCAAUCUUCCCAUUAACGAACAACAAUCUACCUUUGAUCAGAUAUGAUUAUCCUCAUUUUCACGCUAUGAGCUCAAACGAUACGAAUACUCUUUCUCUUUAAUGAUGUAGAUCCUUUUUCUGCAAUAAAAUUGGCCACUUUAUCUUUCUGGCCUCCAAAAUACGGGCAAGUAGAAUCGUAAACGUAGCUGCUAUAUAACUGGGAAAGUUUUCCUGAAUAAUAAUUUUUUUAACAAUGAUUAUUUCUUAAUAUUAUUACUGAGUUAUUAUCUUCCCGUUUACUUUAAUGUAACCAAUGUUAUAAUCAUAUGGAAAUGCUAAUAAAUUGAAUUGGGAAUCUGACUGAAUUGCCGAAGAGGAACGUAUAGAGCAAUCAGGAGGAUUCAUCCAAAAAACCUGCUAUUCCAAUUCUUGAAUGAUAAGUAGACUGGGUAUAUUUUUAAUAUUCUGCCUUAUUCUGCAGCAUGCUUGAAAUAAAACGCUAAUUUAGCUAACCAAUGUGCGAUAAAUUUCCUAUUUCGAAAUUCAGCAACAAAGAAACAACUUACAACAACAGCCAAACAUAACCAAAAUUAUCGAGGGGAAAGACAGAGAGUGGUGAGCAGAAGUUUACCUUGAGGGCUUAUAUUUGGGCAUUCCGCAAUCUUAAUAUUUGCGGCCUGAAAAUAGCAUAUACACUGAUAUAUUCUGACAUCAUUCAAGUUUGUUUUAAUUACUUUUUUACAUAUUAAUAGGCUAGAAUAUUUUUCGGUGCAGUUUUACGGUGAAUGUUGGAGUGGAGCCAAUGCAAAGCAAACGUUUGCGAAGUAUGGCGAAAGUGACAAAUGUUACCAAGGAGUUGGAAUGGAGCAAACCAAUGCCGUCUACCGCUUAGAGAACAUGCCCGGUAAAUUUUAAGUUUUGUCUGUGAUGCCUUAGGGCCCGUUUGAAGAAAGUUUAUGUGUAGAAGAGUCACUCGAUCGCCUAAACGAGCUACCCUGGGGCUAGCUAACUUUUCACAUACAUUUCCUUACAAAACUUGGCGAACGGUUUACAUGACAAACAAAAUGCUUGCCAGAGAAGUGAUCCGCAUACCCGAGUCACCCUUUUUCGAUGGUAGGGCAGACAUUUCGCUUUAGGAACACUUUGGCUCUCCCAGCUGUUAAACUCGGACAGGCGAGACUAUCAAAGCAUGCGCGCGCUCUGUUUUAGAGAAUCAGAUCAUGCACGAGAGCUGUUGGGUCGGUAGGGGCGAACUUUUUUCUCAUAUAAACGGCGCUCGCUAAAGUUUACUCGGCUGGGAGGGUGACCCUCUUUCCCUGGACGAAUUCUUUUUCAUAUAGACGAGGCCUAAACCUUUUUCGUUUUUUACGUUCUCGUUGCCGUCGCAGUCAUCGCUGCUAAAGCUUCCCUAAUAUUUAUCGAUGGGUGAAAACGGUUCCGAGUAAGUUUUUAUUGUAACCGCCUACAAAUACGGUAACAUUUUUGACUCCAAUAAAAACUCCUCGCCAGCAAACUUAUAGAUUUUAGUCUUAAACGCUUUGCAUGUCACGUGCACUUUUUACUGCCACUUUUAUAUGUGACAAUAGCUGAAUAAAACCAUCAGAUCGUGCUGCUUGUUAUAUAAUUUUUAUUUUUUUUAGCUUGUUCUUCGGAACUGCAAUUUAGUGCAUCUGUCAGCACUGGAGAAGUCAACGGCCAUACUUGGUGUGCCGGUGACGCCGCUGAAUAUCAGUGGAUAGUUGUAGACUUGGGCGGUGAACGCAAGAUUACAGGUAAGCGAUGGAUUUCUGUUUUCCACUAUACAACGCUGUUUCCAAAGUGACGUCUUCUGACCGUAAGGGUCGUGUCGGGAUUCAAAUUGGUCGUCCUCUUAUAGACCUGCUAUUUUGGAUCUUAAUUUUAAAGUAAUGAAGUCACGAAUUUCCUCUCUGUCAGCGGCCAAGUGGUAAGAGUGCCCGACUGGUAUCUGAGAAGCAUGACGGUUUCAAGUCCCAUUUUUCUUACACCCGCACCAGAAGAUAUUUUCCUAAUCGGAACGUAAAAGCGUGAAACAAAAGUAAGGUUGAUGAGUUUCUCGGAAGGACACUACUCAUCAUCAUCAUCAUCAUCAUCAUCAUCAUCUCUUUAAUAUUUGGUCCUAUUGUUGCUGUUGUUGUUGUCGUUAUCUGCAGUGGAAAGAACUCAACAGUACGUGUCAAAACAGUCACCAAUCAUUCUUGACCCCCGCGAGCUUUGUGUGCCUCCGUUGACUUUUUAUCCCAGAUUAAGGUACGAUAUUCAACCAAUUUUUAAACAUGCAUAUCUUACUUGUACACAGGUGUCGGAACACAGGGUGGUAAUGUAGACAGUUGGGUAACCCUGUACAAACUGGAGUGGAGCGAGGAAGGGGGAUCAUGGAAAACCUAUCAUGAGGGUGAUCAAGAGGUAUUGUAACUGUAGCGAGCUAUGGCCCUGAACGUAGUAACGUAUAACUAUAGCAUUACCCACGUGCGCAUGUCAAGUCCAAAGGAAUUAAUGUAAUGUACAUAAUAAUAUAGUUUCCUAAUAGCCUUGAUUUAGCAACUUGUUAUUUAAAUUUCUCUCCCUUACGAAAUUUUACGUAAAAUGCAGAAAUUAGAACGCAUUCUGGUUUUACAAUUAAUAAUUCUUCAAUUCGGCUUUUCCGGUAUGCCGAUGAAAAACUUUGCAGAUUGGGUUAUUCGCCAAGGCCGAAUUAUUUUUCAUUCAUUCAAAAUAUUUCUAAGUAUUUAACACCCUUACCUACUUGUAACCUUCUUCUCGGCAUUUUGAGAAUAUAAACCUGGACAUGUUUUUCUUUUGCAGAUAUUACAAAAAAAAAAAGCAGUUUAAUGUCCAUCGAGAAUUAUUUCUUCGUGGCAUAGCCUUAAACGCUUUUGACGUUUUCUUGUGUUCUGUCGGCUCAUGCCAAAACAUUUAUGUUGCUGAGUCGCUGUCUGAUUGCGUGACUUCAAUGGCAGAUUAUUUGCAAUAUACUGUGACUGACGUCAUAUAAUCUAGCAUCUUCCAAAUUUGGUUAGCGUCAGCUCAGGCACGGACCAUUAGAAACGUUAUGGGGGGCGGGGGGGAGGGAAAUUUUCGUGCCGCAAGAAUUUUUUGUCGUUAUCAAAUUCCUUGUAUGAAUUUUUUUUAGGCCAUAUUAUGAAUAUUUUUUAGGAUUAAUUGGCGUGCAUAAAUUUUUUUUCAUUUAAUUUCCUCUUGCGCGAAUAAUUUUUGUACUUCGCCUGCCCCCCCCUUCAUAAGUUUUCUAAUGGUCCGUCCCUAAUUAUAAAGAAUUGGGUGUGGAGAUUAACGGAGAAAUAUUGCUUUUAAAUGACCACAAGAUCCAAAAGCCGCUCAAGAAGUCAUGCUUUCCGGGUUAAUCGUGAUUACUUAGCCCAAAAAUAAGUGUAUUUAAAUGUCAAAGCUAGGGCAGAAAUCUAUUAGUCAUGAUUGAAUGUAAAUGUUACAAAUACAUACUUCUGUGCGUCUGAUUCAUUGCUUGAAAUGAUAGAUCUUCCCAGGCAAUUCAGACCGAUUCACUUUAGAGACGCAGUGGUUGAUAAAGCCAAUUACUGCUGGAUUCCUCCGCUUCAAACCACUGUCCUGGACUUCAACACAUGUCUGCAUGAAGAUUAAGGUUUACGGGUGCACUGUAUAAGGUACGCGUAAAAUUACGAAAGCUUAGUUAAAUGAAGAUUUGCGUUUCAUAUUUUUGUCCUUUGUUCAAAUUCUCAGUAACAUAUAGUCAAAAACAUCAGAUACACAAGUUUAUUGACUGAUUAUAGUACACCACAGACUGAAUAAAGCUUAGAAUGAGAUCGGAGUCGCAAGAAAAUCAUGCGUAAAUCGAGAAAUUCAUACAUACAAAAAAAAAGGGAGCUCAACGGAAUCCGAGUUGGUAGAGUCAGAACGAUUCGGAUUCCGCUUAAGUAUUCCUAAGGUGCUUUCGAUCUAGUGAAACCUAGAUUGUCGGAGUCGGAAGAAGCGGAAAAAUUAAGCAAUGACUCUUUACUCUAGUGGUUUAGUUCUUCCGUUUCUGCUUGCGUCUAGUUUCCACUAGGUUGUUUGCGACGGAGUCAAAAGCGCAACCUGGACACAUUUUUAACCAAAUCGCAACGCUCGUCGCUGCUGAUUACGACUGUCUGUCGCAUUAGUAAAGACCAUUCCUUUAUUGUAAAUGAAGCAAUGUAGUUUCACUAAGUUCUUGGUAAGGAGCUUAAAAUAAAGAGAUUUUUAAAUUCUAAUUAGGUAUUCUAGUAUCUAUGUCAACCAUUUUUGUAUUUGCUGCGUGUUUAGAGAAAAUCACGAGGCCAUUAUUAUAAUUUUUUUAUUGACCCGAAUUCUACCUCAAGUUCAGGGGCGUAGCUAUGUUUACACCAGUACGCACUUGCGUACCUGAAAAAACUGUCGAGUUAAAUGAAGAGCAAAGCAAAGAAGGUAAACGAAGGUUACUUGAAAAACGGUGAACUGAUUGCUUACGUAACUCCACCUAAACGUCUGUCAGAUAUAGUUUUACAUGUAUAUAACUUUUUUUAACAAAAUGCUGUGUUUUUCUCCGAUUUUUCCUCACGAAAGAGAGGUAAUUUCUGCCUGAAGAACUUAGUCCUAAUAUAAAAAAUUUCAUCAACCUUAAGUAAAACGCGUGAAAACUCUCUGAAGUUCGCUUGUCUGAUGAGUCACCACUGUUGGAAGGUCUCCCUUGAUAAUAAUUUAAGGUUAAAAACGUAAGAAGUUCUUGUUCUUUUGGGCAAUAAGCAAUUAUUCAAGAUCAGAAACGGCAAAUACUUUGAGUCGUCAUAUUUGAGGUCAUGCGAAACUAAAAAUUGAAAAAAAAAGACUGAACACACAUUUAAAAUACAUCGUGGUUGUGUUUUAAUGAAAUCUUUUAAAGAAGAAGAUUAACAUUUUUGGUAUUUGAAACUUUCUUCCUCUUAUCAUUUGAACAAUAAUUUACUAUAAUACUGAACGCCUUGGUCAAACAUUCAGUGUUGCAUUUGUGAAAAAGUACACGUUCAAAGUCUUCUCAGAAUAUUUCAGCUCAAGCCUUUUUCCUUUGAAUUCUCAAAAAGGUAAGCAGCUUUAAAUAAGUUGCAUGCUAAUGUUUUCUUGAAUCUUUCUUAUAUAGAUGAAACCUUGGAUGGAAGCUUACCAGAGGAGGCAUUUUUAUAAUACUACAAGUACCAUCAGCCGUUUCGAUCAGUUCUAAUAAUAGCUUGUAAUGUUUAGGGGCAUAUUUCUAGUUAGAUAUUCACAGUGAAAAUAAAAACAAAGGGACCAC